CUCGACCCCAAUGAUCGAGUGCCACCAGACUCUUCAAGUUUAUCAGUGAAAAUUUAACAAAUGCUACUACUAGAAAAGAGGGCGGGAACACAAAACAAUUGAAGAUGUGCGCUCUCCAAGAGAUGGGGCGAACAUAACGGUCUAUCUUUCAACGUUGCCAAUUCCUUGUAUUUCUCUCUAGUCUCUCCAACAUUGGCCACCUGUAAUUCAAACCUCGAAAACUUACCUUGGAUAAUCCUAAAUUUGGCAUCCAUGAACUUUGCAUCCAAGAGAUACACAUACAAUAGACAAAUGAUGCCUCAGCUUUCUAAAAAUAGAAACAUAGAUUUUCAGGGUAGUUCUGAGAAAUUCACCAUUUUCCCAAUUCCUUUUUUGCUUCAUCUAUGGUGUUCCUGCUUUUCUCCGUCACUUCUAAUUAACAAUUCAUCUUCAAAUUCCCCUAAUUUUCUUGUUGAAUAUGCAUGUCUUCCUUUGAUUCAAUCAUUGUUUUUUGGGGAUUGGGUUUUCAGAAAUGUCCCCCAAUUUUUUAGGGUUAGGGUUCUUCUUUCUUGGGGUUCUAACCUUAGUGCACUGUAAAACUGAUUCUAAAGAUGUCAGUGCCCUCAAUGUAAUGUUCACAAGCUUGAAUUCUCCCAAAAAGUUAAAGUAUUGGGAAUCUAGUGGUGGUGAUCCUUGUGGUGAUGGAUGGAAAGGCAUUGAAUGUUCUGGAUCUUCUAUAACUGAAAUAAAUUUGUCUGGGCUAGGACUGUCAGGAUCAUUGGGUUAUCAGUUAUCAAGCCUUUCAUCAGUCACCUAUUUUGAUACCAGCGACAACAAACUUAGUGGCGACAUACCUUAUCAACUUCCUCCUAAUGUAAAACACCUAGAUCUGUCCAACAACGGAUUUUCCGGUACUGUUCCUUACUCUAUUUCACAAUUGAAAAGCCUGAAGGACCUUGAUCUCAGUCACAAUCAGCUGAAUGGUCAGAUAACUGAUAUGUUUAGUUCACUUUCAAAUCUUGAUUUCAUGGAUCUUUCAUACAACAAACUAUCUGGCAGUUUACCUCAGAGUUUUGGAUCUCUUUCACGCCUUUCUACUCUGUCUCUUCAGAACAAUCAACUUAGUGGCCAGAUAAAUGUGCUUGCCAAAUUAAAACUUGAUGAGCUAAAUUUGGCAAACAACAAAUUCAGUGGGUGGAUCCCUAAUGAGUUGACAAAAGUGAAAAAAAUAUACAUUGAAGGAAAUUCUUGGUCUUCUGGGCCACCACCCCCUGGAAUGACUUCAAGUAAAGAUGUCAAGUCUACCCCUAUGAGCAAAGCUGGAUUUAGUGGAGCAAUCGUAGCUGUGAUUAUCAUGGGGAUUUUGGUGGUAAUUGCAAUAGUGCUUGCGAUUAUUUCAAAAAAAAGGUCUUCCUUCUCCUCAAGCUUGCUUGAAGAACAAGAUAAUCAAGGUCAUCGCAGAUCAUUUAAUUACUUUGGGUCCAAGAGAUACUCAACUGAACUGGGUAUGGAUAAGGACAAAGGCUUCAAAGAUCGAAAGUCAGUUGAUUCGACAAGAAGCUCAAUUGACGUAAUGGCUUUACAAUCUUCUGGUCCAACUGGUCUUAAGCCUUCACUAUCAUCCCGCAAUAAAUCAUUCAGAAAUACUGAUCCUGCAAAUAAUGCAGCUUCACAGAGGAAGGUGUCCUUUGAAAUUACCCCUUAUACAUUGGCAGAAUUGCAGAAUGCUACUAGCAAUUUUGCCACGAAUCGAUUACUUGGAGAAGGAUCUAUUGGUCGUGUUUAUAAGGCCAAACGUCCAGAUGGCAAGGUAGUAGCUGUGAAAAAAAUUAGUUCCUCAUUCUUUCAAGAUGGCCGAGGUGAAAAGCUUUCCGAGAUUGUUGCAUAUAUCUCCAAGAUUUACCAUCCAAAUGUUGCAGAGCUUGCUGGAUACUGCUCAGAGCAGGGGCAUAACCUGCUGGUGUAUGAUUACUUUAGAAAUGGUUCAAUACAUGAGUACCUUCACUUGUCUGAUGAAUUCAGCAAACCUCUAACUUGGAAUACUAGGGUUAAGAUUGCUCUAGGAAUUGCGCGAGCUAUUGAGUACCUGCAUGAGACUUGCAAUCAAGUUCACAGGAGUAUCAAGUCUUCCAACAUACUACUUGAUAUGGAGUUGAAUCCUCGUUUAACAGAGUGUGGCUUGGAGACCUUUUAUCAGGAAGCAAGUGAAAACCUUGGAGGUGGGUGGUGUGCUCCUGAAUGCACAAAUGGGGCAGCUUAUACAUUCAAGAGCGAUGUUUAUAGCUUCGGAGUUGUGAUGCUUGAGCUAUUGACUGGUCGCAUGCCUUUUGAUAGUACGAAGCCAAAAGCCGAGCAGUAUCUUGUCCAAUGGGCCACAUCACAGCUCCAUGAUAUUGAUGCUAUCGAAAGAAUGGUUGAUCCUUCACUACGGGGACUCUACCCUCCUAAGUCAAUUUCUCAGUUUGCUGAUAUCGCUGCGCUUUGUGUUCAAAUGGAGCCAGAAUUCCGGCCACCUAUAUCGGAGGUGGUGCAAUCACUACUCCGGUUAGUUCAACGCCCGAGCUUGAGCAAACGAGGGAUGGAUGAUUAUGAUUACUAAAUUGCUCCUCUAGGAGUAACAUUUUAUAUGUAGAGUGUACAAAUGUGCUUAUCUUCCUAGUCUUUUUUGUGCCUACAUGGCUACAUAUCUUUCAAGAUGCUACAGAUUGAAGUUUACAGCAUUGGAUGGUUCUGAAUUUUCUUAUCCUCUCUUAUCUCUUAAUUUCAUUUUAUCUCUGUAAAUUAGGUUGAGGGCAAAAUCUUAGUACAUGUUUGAAUUAUAAAAAUUGAUUGAUGGCUAUUAUUUUGGUAUCAAUUUUCAAUACUCUAUA